AUGAACCCUUCCUCGAUGGAGGUUUUUGUCUUUGGAGACCAGAGCACUCGCUUUACCCCUUUACUUCAGGAUUUACUCCUCAAAGGAAACAGUCCUUAUUUAGCACACUUUGUUGAACAAGUUCAUGCACUUUUCAAGAAAGAGAUUUCAUCUCUGCCAAUACCUCAGCGAAGGUUUUUCCCAACCUUUGCAAACAUCCAAGAACUUGUCUCGAAAUCGGAUUUAGACGGAGGCAAUCCUGCCUUGACGAGUGCUCUGGCAUGUUUCUACCACCUAGCCAGCUUUAUCCACUUCUACGAUGGGCAUGGUCGGGCAUUUCCUACAGAGAAUAGUCGUAUUAUUGGACUCUGCGUUGGAUCGCUUGCUGCCGCAGCUGUCAGUUGCUCUCGUUCGUUGAGUGAACUCGUAUCAGCUAGUGUAGAUGCCGUUCGUGUAGCACUAUACGUAGGACUACGUGUACUGAGGACUGCCUCUCUGUUCAAUACCCCAGAUACACCUUCAGCCACUUGGUCUGUCAUCGUGCCUGAGACAGUGCUGCCAAUAUCCUCCGCUCAGGACAGAUUGGAUUACUUUAUAACUGAAUCGGGCCUUGCUCGAUCAUCAGUGCCUUACAUUAGCUCGGUUGCACAUCACAACCUGACUAUUAGUGGUCCACCAUCUGUUCUUGAACAAUUCGUCCGUACGAUAGCAUCGUCUUCGAAAGAUGCUCUGCCAGUACCGAUACACGCUCCGUACCAUGCCAGCCAUCUUUAUAGCCAGGAUGAUAUAGACGAGGUUCUUGAGCUGGCGGCACCGACUUUCAUAUCGAAACCAACCAUCCCAGUCAUUUCUAGUUGCUCUGGAGAAGGUCUUGAGUCUUUGGACUACACGCAGCUACUUCGCCAUUGCAUCAAUGACAUACUCAUCAAUCGAAUGGAUCUUACUAAGGUCUCGCAAGCAGUGCAUCACCUCCUCUUGAACAGCUCGCCUUCUACAUCUAUACUGUUGAAGCCUGUCGCAACCAGCGUCUCAAACAGUAUAGUAUCUUCUAUGGAGCCGUCUUUGGCUGGAAGAUGUGUGGUAGACAGUAGCAUGAGCCCCUCGGCUUCGAUUCAUCUCCCGUCAACAAAGGAACAGCCUGAAGCAUUAAGCAAGAGCUCCAAGAUUGCUAUAGUAUCUAUGUCCGGUCGUUUUCCGGAUGCAGCCAACUUGGGUGAUUUUUGGGAUCUGCUUUACGAAGGUCGUGAUGUUCAUCGACAGAUACCCGAGGAUCGAUUCAAUGCAGAACUCCACUACGAUAGCACUGGAAGACGCAAGAAUACUAGCAAGGUCAUGAAUGGGUGCUUCAUCAAAGAGCCUGGACUGUUCGACGCCAAGUUCUUCAACAUCUCUCCAAAAGAAGCGGAACAGUCAGAUCCUGGCCAGCGAAUGGCCCUUGAGACGGCCUACGAGGCGCUGGAGAUGGCUGGUAUCGUCCCGGAUAGAACGCCUUCGACUCAAAGGGAUCGCGUAGGCGUCUUCUACGGCAUGACUAGCGAUGAUUGGAGAGAAGUCAACAGCGGCCAAAAUGUUGAUACUUAUUUUAUUCCAGGUGGCAAUCGAGCUUUCACCCCAGGCAGACUCAACUACUUCUUCAAAUUCAGCGGGCCAAGUGCCAGUGUUGAUACAGCUUGCUCCUCUAGCCUUGCUGCUAUUCAUUUGGCUUGCAACGCGCUAUGGCGAAAUGACUGCGAUACAGCGAUUGCUGGUGGAACAAAUGUCAUGACCAAUCCUGACAACUUUGCCGGCUUAGACAGAGGCCAUUUCUUAUCGAGGACGGGAAACUGCAAUACAUUUGAUGAUGCAGCAGACGGGUACUGUCGCGCUGACGGCGUCGGAACCAUUAUCCUCAAGAGACUGGAAGAUGCAGAAGCAGACAAUGACCCUAUCCUCGGCGUCAUCCUUGGAGCUUACACAAAUCACUCAGCUGAAGCAGUAUCAAUCACCCGACCGCACGCUGGAGCCCAGGAGUAUAUCUUCUCAAAGCUCCUCCGCGAAUCCGGCGUCAACCCCUACGACGUCAGCUACAUCGAGAUGCACGGCACAGGGACACAAGCCGGCGACGCAACCGAGAUGUCCUCCGUUUUGAAGGCUUUUGCUCCCACUAGUGGCCUCGGUUGCCGUCUUCCUCAUCAGAGCCUUCACUUAGGCUCAGUCAAGGCAAACGUGGGCCACGGUGAAUCUGCAUCUGGUGUAGUUGCUCUCAUCAAGACGCUUCUUAUGAUGCAGAAUAACAUGAUCCCGCCUCAUUGCGGCAUCAAGACCAAGAUCAAUCAUCAUUUCCCUACAGAUCUUGUGCAGCGCAAUGUUCAUAUCGCUGGAGCGCCGACCCCGUGGACGAGAUCGGCUGAGGGAAGUACAGGGCGUACUGCUUUCGUGAACAACUUUUCUGCGGCUGGGGGUAACUCGGCCGUCUUGUUGCAAGAUGCCCCUCUACCUACCAUGAGCGCAGAUAUUUUUGAUCCUCGCUCGUCUCAUGUUGUGACCGUGUCUGCUCGGUCAGUAGAGUCCCUGAGAGGAAACCUCGUCAACAUCAGAGAGUUUGUGCAAGGACAGGAUCGUUCACAAACAGAUUUACUUAGCAAGCUCUCUUAUACAACAUCAGCCAGACGCAUGCAUCACCAAUUCCGAGCUUCUGUCACAGCCCAGAACCUUGAGCAGCUAUUAAUGGGCCUUGAAGCUGCUAUUGAGCGCCAGGACGUCAAGAGAAUACCCGCUGCGGCUCGCCCAGUUGGCUUUGUCUUUAGCGGCCAAGGCGCCCAAUACAGCGGCAUGGGUAAAGACUACUUUGAGCAUUUCACUGUCUUUCGCUCAGAAAUAAUAUCUUAUGACAGCAUUGCUCGAUCUCAAGGGUUUCCGUCCAUCCUUCCAUUGAUCCGAGGAGAGGUCAAAGUAGAGUCGCUGAGUCCCGUGGAGAGUCAGCUCGGUUUGGCGUGCCUGCAGAUGGCACUUGCUAAGCUAUGGAAGUCGUUCGGCAUAGAGCCCAGCUUUGUUCUUGGGCACAGCCUGGGUCAUUAUGCUGCUCUGCACAUUGCUGGCGUUCUGUCUGCUACAGAUACCAUCUACCUCACCGGUACAAGAGCACAGCUGCUCACAGAUAAGUGCCAGGCUGGCAGUCACUCGAUGCUUGCCGUGCGAGCAUCCUUGCUGCAGAUUCAACAAUUUCUGGAUGCCAACAUUCAUGAGGUCGCUUGUGUGAAUGGGCCACGAGAAGUCGUCAUCAGCGGAAAGGUCGCCGAUAUCGACCAGCUGGCUGAGGUUUUGUCAGCUGACAAUAUCAAGGCCACCCGCAUCAAGUUGCCUUUUGCCUUUCAUUCAGCUCAGGUGGACCCAAUACUAUUUGAUUUGGAUACGGUCGCCUCUCGAGUCACUUUCCACUCACCCCAAAUUCCUGUUCUUUGUGCACUAGACAGCUCCGUCAUCAAUCCUGGCAAUCAUGGUGUAAUCGGUCCCCUCCACCUCCAGCGUCAUUGUCGCGAGACGGUCAACUUCGAGGGUGCUUUACACGCUGCGGAGCGAGAGAAGAUCAUCAACAGGAACUCAACUCUUUGGAUUGAGAUUGGCCCCCAUGUCGUUUGCUCUGCCUUUUUGAAGGCCAGCCUUGGUCAAGAUACACCGACUAUCGCAUCUCUUCGACGUAAUGACGAUUCUUGGAAGGUCUUGGCUGAUGGCUUGAGUACCUUGUACAACGCCGGAUUACCAAUUGACUGGGACGAGUACCACCGGGACUUCAAGGCGUCCCACCAGGUAUUACGUCUUCCUUCAUACAGCUGGGAUCACAAGAAUUACUGGAUCCAGUACAAGCAUGAUUGGUCCUUGACAAAGGGUGAUCCUCCAGCAGCCGCCAAUGGUAACGGCUCGACAGAGGCAGUUUCAGCCUUGUCAACGCCCUCGGUGCAAAAGAUUCUGCAAGAAAAUUUACACGAUCAAGUUUUAACUAUCGUUGCUGAAUCGGAUCUAUCGAACCCUCUAUUGAACGAGAUUGCUCAAGGUCAUAGGGUCAAUGGUGUCAAAGUCUGCACAUCCUCAGUAUAUGCCGAUGUCGGCUUGACACUGGGUAAGUAUAUACUCGACAAAUACCGCAUCGACUUGGAAGGCUAUGCGGUGGAUGUUCACGGUAUUGAGGUUCAUAGGCCGCUGCUCCUCAAAGAAGGAAUAGAUGGUACAUCUCAAAAGACCCCGUUCAGGAUCGAAGUACGGUACCCCACCACAAGCACUACGGCAUCGAUGAACAUUUCCAGCACUGGUCCCAACGGUCAGCGCAUCGAGCACCUUGAUUGCGACCUUCGACUUGAACAUCCGUCCAACUGGGAGGCGGAGUGGGAUCGCCAAGCUUAUCUCAUCAAGCGCAGCAUUGACUACCUCCAAGAGCGAGCUACUCAAGGCUUGGAUAGUAUGUUAUCGAGCGGUAUGAUCUACAAGGUUUUCUCCAGCCUUGUCGACUACCACGAUGGCUUCAAGGGACUGCGAGAGGUCAUUCUGCAUAGCCAGGAGCUUGAGGGUACAGCCAAAGUGCGGUUCCAAACCCCACAUGGAGGCUUCGUCUGCAAUCCCAUGUGGAUUGACAGCUGUGGCCAGACGACUGGCUUCCUCAUGAACUGCCAUCAAACCACACCCAACGACUACGUCUAUGUCAAUCAUGGCUGGAAGUCGAUGAGGUUGGCAAAGGUGUUUCGACAAGACGUGGUCUAUCGGACUUAUAUCCGGAUGAGGCCCGUCGAUGGGACCAAGUUUGCCGGUGACCUGUACAUACUGGAUGAGGAUGAGACUAUAGUCGGUGUGUAUGGCGAUAUAACAUUCCAAGGCCUACCGCGCCGGGUACUCAAUACAGUCUUACCUCCUGCCAAUUCGGUUCCGAUCGAGGCUCCUAGAGGUCGACGGGAUCUGCCACCACCAAUGCUGGAUGCACCCGCUACAAGGUUUGGAGAAAGACCACCACCACCGGUAUCUGCUGGACCUGGAGCAGCAUUCUCGUUGCCACAGGCAGCCGAUCCAUCCAUGGAUAGCCAAUUGAGACCACUUCUACGGAUCUUAUCCGAAGAGAUUGGUCUCAGUCUUGACAUCCUUUCCGAUGAUGAACUUGACUUUGCAGAUCAUGGUGUUGACUCACUUCUCUCAUUGACCAUCACUGGUCGCAUGCGUGAGGAGCUAGGUCUUGACAUAGACUCUUCAGCCUUCUUGACUUGUCCCACUUUGGGCAGCUUCAAGAAAUUCCUUGGGCUUGCCGAACAGGAUAGCAAGGGGAGUUACAGCACUGAGGGAAGCGAUACAAGCAGUCCAUCGCCUGGUAUUGAGUCUGGCGUCACUACGCCGCCGGCGGAUGACGAGGAGCAGGAAAAGGUCGUCGACAGUCACGAUCAUAGUCACUUGCUGCACCAGUUCCGAGCCACCUCAACGCUUCUCCAAGGCAGUCCUAGCAAGGCCCGUUCAACUUUAUUCUUACUCCCAGACGGUUCAGGCUCUGCUACAUCGUACGCGUCCCUGCCCCCAAUCUCCUCAGAUGGAGAGGUUAUUGUCUACGGGUUGAACUGCCCGUGGCUCAAGGACGCCAGCUACCUUGUCCAAUUCGGAGUCAAGGGCCUGACAGAGCUCUACGUCAAUGAGAUUCUGCGACGCGACCCGCACGGCCCAUACAACUUGGGAGGGUGGUCAGCUGGUGGCAUCUGCGCUUAUGAAGCUGCCCUUAUCUUAACCAGGGCAGGAUACACAGUCCAACGUCUCAUCUUACUUGAUUCUCCUAAUCCUGUUGGCCUUGAGAAACUGCCGCCUCGCUUGUACGACUUUCUAGAUUCUCAAAAUGUCUUUGGGUCAGAUAACCCGCACAGCGCCACGGGGAGCGGCAGCGCCAAAGCGCCAGAGUGGCUUCUUGCACAUUUCCUAGCCUUUAUCGAUGCCCUGGAUGCCUACAUCGCCGUUCCUUGGGAUGCUGGCCUUCUCGCUGGGGAUGGUUUGAUAUCGCCACUACCAGCAUCUCCGCAGAUAUAUCUACUGUGGGCAGAGGAUGGAGUGUGCAAGAAUACGGAUGACCCUCGUCCAGAGUACCGCGAUGAUGACCCGCGUGAGAUGCGAUGGCUGUUGGAAAAUAGAUCCAAUUUUGGACCUAAUGGAUGGGAUGUGUUGCUUAAUGGUAAUGAGGAGCUAUUUGUGGACCGGAUUCCAGGAGCGAAUCAUUUUACCAUGUUGAAGAGAGGACAGAACGCGAAGUAUGUAUCAGCAUUCCUCGCGCAGGCUUUAGGUAUUUAA